UUUUAAUAAUAUUACUUCAUUACGUAUUAUUAAUGUACCAAGCAUAAUGAAAUACAUUGAUUUUAUAUUAUAAGCUACUAAUGGAAUCUUGUCGUAGCAAACAAACACAAUGAUCGAGUUUAACACUUUGUUUAUUUGUAUAUUUUUCAUUUUGCUGUAUUCUUUAAAAUGGUUGUUACCAAAAGCCAUCAGUUUAUACCUCAAAUACAAAUACCACAUUAAUGUAAAAAUUGGUACAGCUGGUAUAUUCUCAUUACAGGAUAUAGUUUUCUUAAAAAACGGCUAUUCAGUGCAUAUUGACAACAUUGGUUUCCGUAGUAGCUUCAUUAGCAGUGAAGUUAAUAAAUUAGUAUGUCUUGUAGCUCGUGAUGUACGAAUUGAGAAAAACAUAGAUUGGAAUGAUUCUACUACAGUGAAACAAAACAAGAGCAAUAAUAAAAUUGAAAAUAUUCUCCCAAUUAUCAUAAAGUUUGCACAGUUUCUAGCUGUUCGUAUAAGCUGUAUAUCCAUAAUGAUAUUACAACCAAAUACUCCUGAAUGGCUCUUUAUUGUAUCAGUAAUGGAUCUCCAUUUAGAUGCAUCCGUCAUUGGUUCAUCCAGACAAUUAUUAGCCAAUGUUAAUGCUCCUCAUGCAGAAGCAAAAUUACUUCGUCAUCCUAUGAAUCCAAAUUCAUGUUGUUUAGCAAAAAUUACUGUAAAUGUAUGUGCUGAAAGCAUAUUAAAUACACAUGAACCGUUGUCAAUUCAGUCUUUGAUGUUAAAACUUGAUAAGUCUAAAAUUGUACUAAAUAAAGGUUUAUAUAGUUUCAUAAAAAACAAUAGUACUAAUUCUAAAUUUUCUAAGAAUUACAAAACACAAGAUUGUUUGCAGAAAACUACAGUAGACAUUCCACUUAUUAUUCCUCCAUUAAUACCCAAGAAAAUAAAAAUUAAUUUAGAAGAGUUAACGAUUGUGGAUGUAAAAGACAAUUUAGUAACUGAGAUGAAAGGAGAGUUGAAAUCGUUGACUAUAGACAAUUUAAUCAUUCCUGAUGACAACAAUAAUUUAUUAAUACAAAGUAAUCUUUCACUUAAAGUAAGUUUUGAAAAUUUAUCUUUGAUUGGUCAAGAAGAAACAUAUGUUUCAUUAGAAAAGUUUUCAUUUGAAGCAAAGUACUUGCAAAAAUCAUUGAAAUUAGAUUUAAAGAUAAAUAAUGUUUAUACUUUAUACUCACAUGAUGAUAUUUUUCAAUGGUAUACCUCUUAUACUGAUCAAAUGUUGAAACCACAUCAGUUAAAAUCAACGUCGAUAUUAGUAACAAAACAACCAUUGAUAUCACUAAAUGGUUCAUUGGAUGAUAUCAGUAUAGAUUCAGUGAUUCAGUUUUUAAAUGUUACUACUACAUAUAGACUUAGUUCAGAAUGUGCAUCUGUUAGUUUCAACAAAUUCAAACUGAUGUUGUCUUGUCAUCCAGUUAUAAAAAAUGAAAAUCACUCAAAAAUAUUUUCCGAUUGGCCAAUCAACUUGUGUGAUAGAAAAUGGUCUAGUGAUUUAAUGUUGGAAACUGUGCGGUGUUGGCUAAAACCAUUUACAAACACUGAAUACAGUCCGGGUAUGAAAAAAUGUCAUUCUUGGGGUACACCCUUGUUCAUUGGUUUAAUUUUAGUACAGAUUAAAAAUUCUAUUCCAUCAAAUGCACCGAAACUUAAUAUUUUACUUGAUACUGUUCGGUUAGAAUGGAGUCCUCCACUUGCUCAGUUUAUAUUAAGAGCAUAUAAUUCUUUACAACAAAUUUUUAGUGCUUUGGAAAUAGACAUGAAUCCUGAAAGAAAUCAAUCUAAUAUUAAACGAAAAAGAUGUCCAAUUCAUGAGUUUAUUGCUACUAGUAUUUCUGUAGAAAAUGCAAAUAUUUUUUUUAUAGCAGAUAAGAAAAUUUGUAUUUUGGUAAGAGUGGAUACAAUUACUAUAGACAUUGGAACAGUAAAAUUAACUUGUAAAAUUGAAGGUCUCAAAUGUGAUUCCUUAAUACCAACUAAAUACCAUUAUGUUUGUACGUCAUCAGAUGAUAUAAAGAGCUGGUGGCUUCAUAUAAAAGCUUUAAAUGUGAAAAAAAUAGUUCAAACCAAAGAAAUAUUAAUUGAAAUAAAUGAAAUAUUUGAAUGUCGAUGGAGUGCAAAUGUUCACCUUAAGUUAUUAACUAUUUCUACUGACAUAUCAGAUUUAAAAAAUCAUUUAGGUAUGAAUACUAUAAAAAAUCCAAGCAAUUCAACAUUUUAUGAUGUACAAUUAUGUGUUAAAUCAAAAUUCAAAUUUUCUAUGAAAGUUUCUUCUAUUCAUCAUUUAUUGUUUUCAACUGAUGAUUUGAUGUAUGUUAAGCAAAAUGGCAAAACACGCCAUUUAGAAAGCAAGAAUUUUAAAGUGGCUAUUGACCAAUAUAAUAUAUUUACUGUAAAAGGUUUUAAAAUGUUGAAAACUGAUUUUAAUAAAGAAGUUCAAGAUGAGAGACAAAACUCUGAAGGAUUAACUACUGAAGGAAAUACUAUUUGGGAUGUAGCCAUUGAAAAUUUAAAAAUGAUAUUUCCUUAUGGUUUUGAGUUUUAUAGUAUUUUUCAAGGUGAAUUCUUUAGUAUUGUUAAAUGGUUAAAAUUAAUUCAUAAAAAACCUAAGUCUCAACCUGAGCCACUACCAAGCGAUAUAAUAUUAAAAAUACAAGAGUUUCUUUUUGAAUUGGGUGAUGAUGAUUUUGAAGUUAAGCUAAGAGAUAACUAUGAGUUACUUGAAGAUGAAUAUAAAGAAAGUUUAAAACGACAAAAAAUGCUAGAAACUAAAGUAUCAGAAGUAGUGAAAGAUCGUUUACUUUUACCAGCAGGUAAAGUCGAAGAAUUGUUAACUAGUUUACAAAAGAUGAAUGCUCAAAUAUAUAUACAACGUUCAAAGCAAAUGAAUCAACAAGCACCUGUACGAACUCGUUUAUUUUCAUGGACUAUGUAUGAUCUUUGUAUUAUUAUUUUGGCUGAUGAAUCUAUGCAUGGACCUCAAAAAGUUGUUAAUCACAUAUGUGAAAUGGAUGCAGAUAGCUUAUGGCCUGAGGAAGGAUUGGAAUUCUGUAUACUUUGGUGUCGAAUGAUUUUUGCCAGUUGUGCAGAAUGGAAGUUUCAACUCAGAGAUUUUCCUCAAACUUGGCUUGAUAUCAGAAAAUUACAACUUUGGGGGAAAUUGGCUGGUGCUGAACAAGAACCUAAUCGUCGAGCGAAAAGAAGUGUAACCAUUGAGUUAAGUGACCCAUAUGGGGAUGUAACUAUUGAAAGAGGAAUGACUUCCCUUAAAUAUUACUAUGAUUUAAAUUGUGAAGUUGAUAAAUAUACAUAUUCAUUUGGACCAUGUUGGGAACCUGUUAUUGCACAGUGCAAAUUAUGUUUAGAAAAAGUACUGGGUUCUAGUAGAGAUCCUAGUCCACCAUUACCAUUUUGGGAUAAAAUCAGGUUAAUAUAUCAUGGUCGCUUAACAAUGAUUGUAAAUGAAUUAAAAGUAAAGUUACAUGCAUCUCUUGAUCCAUACAAUACAACAGAGGAAAUGGAAUUGAACUGGUAUAAUACUGCAAUGGAUUGGACCAAUGCUAAGUUUGUUUUCAAGGGUCAUUUAAAAGUACUUGUACGAACAGCUUCUAAGUAUGAUGAUGUAUGUCUCCUAAAUCUUCCUAACUUAAAAUUGGGUAUUAAAUUAAAGUGGUCUUGUUUGGGUGAUCCCAAUGACCAUUAUUCUGUUAUGCCUUGUGCUCCAGAUAAAUUACCAGAAUAUUCUAGUAAUCAAGAACAUGACUCUUUUAGAGCAUUCCGUUCACAAAAUCUUAAUGUAAGUCUUUCUAUUGAAACUAAACCAGAACCAAAUUCAGUUUCUCCUCAUACAGAUACAGAUUAUCCUGUUGCACUUUUAUAUGGUAGUACAUUAAAAUGGUUUGAAAAUUUAAAAUUAAUUCUGUCUGGUGUAACAAGACCUACCAGGCGUGGUCCAUUAUUUAAUAAUGCUAGAUAUCGUAAAUUAACAUUAAGUCGACAUUACCGAAAACUUCACUUAUGUGUUUCUUUCCAACAUUUCCAAGUACAUUAUUGGAUGUCCUUUGCUCUACAGCGAGGAUUUGAGUUAUUUGGGCAACGAAUUUCUACAAGUUCAGAACAUACUCUUAAUUUAGUGUCAAAUUUUGAAGAUGACUUGAAACACCGUUCACGACCGGUUUGGUCUGUCGGCUAUAUGAACUGUGAAUUAAUGGAUACAGAGAUAUGGUUAAAAAGUGCUCUACAAUCUGAACAAGAAGAUGAAGAAGCUGAAAUUAAAGAAAAACCUGUCGAAAAAUGUUAUUUGUUAAGUGUAAGUAAAGUAUCAUAUGGUAGAGAAACUACAGGUACUUGUGAAGCUGAUGGUACUCCAACUCCUAUUCAUAGAUUAGUUGUGUAUCAUUUAAAAGGAGCUUGGACAACUAGAAAUAGGGAUGUGGCUUUUGCAUUAUUUAACUCUUUAGUAAAAAAUCAGAAAUUAAAAAAAAAUUUAUCAACUGAAGCAUUAAAAGGAUUUUGCUUAAAUGAAAAUGGAUGUACACCUUUGAAGAAUCGUACAAGAAGUGCAGAGGUGGCAGAGCAGACUACACCUUUAUCAUCAGUUACAUCUGUUGCAUCAUCUACUUGUCAAGCUAGUCCGUCCCCAAUGUCAAAACUUCAAUGUGGUGGUCAAGCAGCUACUAUGCUUCAACAACUUAUAUCUGAAGUAGAUAAUAAACCAGUUGUUUUCAGUGAUGAUCUUUCUAUGCAAGUUACAAGGGAACGGAGAUUACAAGGUUUAUCUGAAUGCCAACAAGAUGAUGUUCUUUAUAAAAAUUGGUCAAUUUCCUUAAUUAAUAGCCAAGUUCUGUUAAAAGGAUGUGAAACUAAGGGUUAUGUGAUAGUGAGCGCAGCUAAAGCAGAAAUAUUACAAAGAAUUCAUCGCCCUGUCUGGAAAGACCAUUCAUUAGUUUCUAAAACAACUUGGGUUGGUACUUUAGAUAGUAUGCAGUAUUAUGCCACAGUUAGUGCUGGGAAAACUGAUUUUAUCGAUGAAAAUAUUAUGUGGUUAAAUGUUGAGAAUAUACAAGAAAAAGACAUAGACAGUACCAUAAUAUCUGAUCUUCCCGAUUUGCCACAUCUUGUAGGAAGUGGUCAUAGUGUUGGAGGUGUAGUCAGUGAAACAGUUGGUGCAAGUAAUGUUGGGGAAAAUUCUCCAUUACAACUUCAAAGAAUAGUUUCACGAUGUAAAUGUGAAUUCUUUUAUGCUGGUCAUGGUGAAAGUAGUUUAAAUCCAGCACAUUUGACAGAAGUACCACCACCUCCAACAGCUACACCUGAUGUAGUCGGUGAUCCUGAUUUACAUGAACCAGUUGAUGCAUUUACACUAAUGCAUCAUGAUUUAGAUGUUUGUACAAAUUCUCUUCAGUAUGCUAUGAUCUUGGAUAUUGUAAACAAUUUAUUAUUAUACGUGGAACCACGAAGAAAAGAAGCUUAUGAACGCUUACAAAGAAUGCGUUUUCAAUUGCAACUUCAAAGUAGUCAAGAUCAUAGACAGCCCAUUCAACAGUUGCAAAACCAUGUUCGGUGUCUAGUUGCAAAAUUACGAAGAUUGGAAAAAGAAAUAUUUUUAUUAAAAAAAGAAGAAUAUUGGCAAAAUGAAGAGUUACUGUCUUCUGAAAUCAGAAGCUUAGAAAAACAAAUGAAUGAAUUAAAAGAUCAAUUAAAUUCUGAAAGUGAAGAAUUAGAUAUGAUGGUUUCUUGUUACAAAGAAACACAACUUCGAGCCACUCAAAAAUUAGCAACGCUUAGAGGAGAUAAACCAAGUGUUGUACCAUCAAGAGCCAAUGAAAUAUGCUUUAAACAUGCUCAGUGGAGAUUAACAGAAAAUGAUGGACAAUUGGGCAUUGCUGAUUUAGUACUUAGUAAUUUUUUAUAUACAAAGAAUUCAAAAAGUGAUGAUUCUGUUGAGCAUUUAUUAGAACUCGGUUAUAUAAGAAUGACAAAUCUUUUAGCUAACGAAUUAUACAAGGAGGUAAUUGUUCCUACAGAAAUUCAAAAUAAUAUGCCAGUUGAUGAUCGAAAGAGAGCAGUAAGAAUAUUUUGUAGAGAAAAAGCUCCUGUGGGAGGUAUAUCAGUCAAAGAGCAUUUUGAAAUUAAUGUUGUACCCUUAACUAUUGGCAUGACAAAAAAAUUUUAUAGCAUUAUGAUGAGAUUUUGUUUUUCUGAAAGAGAUUCUGAAAAUAUAGAUGCUGAAACGGAUGAAAAAAAUUCAACCAAAGGUAAAAAAAACAAAGAAAGUAAUUUUUACGUGCCAAUGGAACAUAAAGAUGAUGUUGAAAAAAUGAAGGAAAGAGCAGAGAAAAAUAAAUUAUUUAUCUACAUUAAAAUACCUGAAGUACCUGUAAAAGUCAGUUAUAAAGGUAACAAAGAGAAAAAUUUAGAGGACAUUAGAGAUUUCAGUUUAGUUAUUCCCACUAUUGAAUAUCAUAAUGUAACAUGGACAUGGUUAGAUCUUUGUCAAGCCAUGAAAACUGAUAGUAGAAGAGUUAUAUUGUCUCAGGCUAUUAAACAUAAAUUGCAAAUAAAAACCAAUAAAGCAAUUGCAGGUGGAGGUGCAUCACCACAAGAAGAAGAUAAAGCACGAAUGUUAUUUGGCAAUAAAUUAGUGCACAAUGAACAUAGAAAUUCUAAACGCGGCAUAUUAAAAUUUCCUAAAUAAAACUGCAAUACUUUUAUUUUUUAUUUUCCAUGAACUGUGAUAUUGAAUUUAGUUACCUAAAAAUGUAUUGAAAGGAUCGUAUGCAAAAUAUUUGCUUUAAAUUUAAACACUUAAUUACAAUUAUUAUUUUAUAAACAAAGAAAAAGUUUUUAUAGUGUGUG